AUGAGGGUCAUCAUUCGCGAAAAUGCAGAUGGUGCAUCCCAAUAUGCUGCCCAAUACAUCAUCAAGCGCAUAAAUGCCUUUGCUCCCACUCCCGAAAAGCCCUUCGUACUAGGUCUGCCGACGGGUAGCAGUCCAGAAUUCAUCUACAAGUACCUCGUACAGGGGUACAAGGCUGGCGAGAUCUCGUUUGCCAAUGUCGUAACUUUCAACAUGGACGAAUAUGUCGGCUUACCCGAAGAGCACCCGGAAUCCUACCACAGCUUUAUGUACAAGCAUUUCUUCGCCCAUAUCGAUAUCAACCCGGCCAACGUGCAUAUUCUCAAUGGCAACGCUCCCGAUCUAGCGGCGGAAUGUGCCAAUUACGAACAGCAGAUCGCACAGGCUGGUGGAAUUGACCUAUUUUUAGGCGGGAUUGGACCGGAUGGACACAUCGCCUUCAACGAGCCGGGCUCGUCUUUGCGGUCAAGGACAAGAGUCAAGACUUUGGCUGAGGAUACCAUUCGCGCCAAUUCACGGUUCUUCGGGGGCGAUCUGAGCCAGGUGCCUAAACAAGCAUUGACUGUGGGCGUGCAAACUGUCAUGGAUGCUCGAGAAGUCUUGCUCAUUGUGCUCGGGGCCAACAAAGCGCUUGCACUGGCCAAAACUAUCGAAGGAAGCGUCAGUCAGAUGUGGACUGCAAGCGCUCUCCAAACGCACGAGCACGCCACGAUUGUCUGCGAUGACGCUGCGACAGACGAGAUGCUUGUGAAAACGGUCAAGUACUUCAAGAGCAUCGAACAAGUCUCCUGGGAGCAAGAAACCGCCAAAGCUACUCCUCCACAACGUUCGCGCGCGAAAGUAGAUAAUUGGCGAGGCACUUUAAAAGAGCUGAGGAUUGAUACCGAUAAGAAGCAGGCCGGGCAGGAAGAUGGAGAGUUGACGCCAGACAGCAUGUCGUCAAGACUCAUGGAUUCUGCCAUCGCCAUGAACGACAAGAAGAUGGAUGAUUUCAUUGCUGAUCGAAUGGGUUCACGAGUAUCGACAUUUGCAGCAUGA